CGCCGCCCCGCCUCGGCCCAGCGCGCCCCGGGCGGCGCCGCGCCCCGGGCAUGCCGCCGCCGCCGUAGGGCUGCGGUACCGGCUCCGGUACCGGCUCCGGGGCCAUGUCGGCCCGCGACAGCGUGCAGAUCCCCGACGACCGGGACUUCCGCGGCUUCCGCGCCGAGUGCGAGUCGGAGGCGGGCUGGAGCCUCACCUACAGCAAGGCGGGGGUGGCCGUCUGGGUGCAGCCGCUCGAGGCCGAGCGCUCCCUGCACAAGAUCAAGUGCAGGAUGGAGUGCAAGGACGUGCCGGCCGAGACCCUCUACGACGUGCUGCAUGACAUCGAGUACCGCAAGAAGUGGGACACCAACGUCAUCGAGACCUUCGACAUCGGCAAGCUGACCGUCAACUCCGACGUGGGCUACUACGCCUGGAAGUGCCCCAAGCCGCUGAAGAACCGGGACGUCAUCACGCUGCGCUCCUGGCUGCCCAUGGGCACCGACUACAUCAUCAUGAACUACUCCGUCAAGCACCCCAAAUACCCGCCGCGGAAGGACAUGGUGAGGGCGGUCUCCAUCCAGACGGGCUACUUGGUGGAGGGGAAGGGGGCCAAGAGCUGCAGCAUCACCUACCUGGCCCAGGUGGACCCCAAAGGCUCCCUGCCGAAGUGGGUGGUGAACAAGUCGUCGCAGUUCCUGGCGCCCAAGGCCAUGCGGAGGAUGUACAAGGCUUGCCUCAAGUACCCGGCCUGGAAGCUGAAGCACCAGCCGCACUUCAAGCCGUGGCUCUUCCCGGAGCAGAGCGCGCUGCCCGCCGUGCCGCUGGCCGAGCUCUCCGUCCAGCACGCCGACUCGCUGGAGAACAUCGACGAGAGCUCCCUGGCCGAGGCCAGGGACGAGCGCGCCGAGGCCAGCGACGACGACAGCCUCAACUGAGCGGCCCCCGCGCUCCCCACCGGCCCGGGGGGCCCUUUCGGGGGCUGCCCCCGCGUGCCCUGCAGCUCCGGUCCCGGUGGGGGUCCCGGCCCCCCCCCGGUUUUCUAUGUCCCCGUGCAGCAGAACUGCUUUUCCCCGGCCGGGAGCCGCCGUGCUGCACGGUCCCGGGGGCUCCCGGCCCCCCCACGCAGCAGCCGGACACUUUCUAUGCUAGAAUUAGAGGCCUUGAAUCCGGAUUUUGACGCUGUUCUCGCCGCUGCGGCGCGGGGGGGUUCGUGCCUCCCCUCCGGAGCAGAGUAGUUAGGAAUAAAAGGAAUGGAGGGGA